GCGACAGACAGUGGGUAACUGUCUGUCCUCUGGAGCCGCCGGAGCCCCGUCUCUCUGCCGGUGUUGGCCGCUGGUACUCGGAUCUGCGGAGACACACAGACCGGCACAGCCUGGCAGAUUUACACAUCAGUUAAAACACCGGAACACAAAACGUGACAUUAACAGAGAAAGGCAGCUGCUAAGGGGACGAGAAGGCUUUCGCUGUGGAUGGAUUACAGGUUCAGAGGUUAGAAGAGUGCACAGCAGUAAUGUCACCACUCAUCCUCUUUCUCUCCUUCCUCACCCCCAUCACUGCGCUGGAGUUUCGAUAUCAUGAUAACAGUGAGAUUAAGGACUACCUCACCCAGAUCAGCACCUCCAACCCUAACAUCACAUACCUGUACAGCAUCGGCCAGUCCGUCACAGGUCAGGAGUUGUGGGUGUUGGCUCUGGGUCUCAGCCCGCGCCGUCACACCGUUGGUAUCCCAGAGUUCAAAUAUGUGGCUAACAUGCAUGGAAACGAGGUUCUUGGGCGAGUGCUGCUGCUACAGCUAAUUGACGACCUGGUGCGUGGUUACCGUAACAACGAAAAAUGGGCAUUGUACUUACUGAACAGCACCCGCAUACACAUCUUGCCGACAAUGAAUCCAGAUGGCUUCGACUCAUCAGACACAGACUGCCUGUUCAGCCAGGGCAGGUUCAACCACAACGGCAUUGAUCUAAACAGGAACUUCCCUGAUGCCUUCGCUGGUCUCCGUCGUCGACAGCAGCUUGAUGAGGAAAAGCGCGAACCAGAGGUCAAGGCUGUGAUUGAUUGGUUGAGGACUGAGAGUUUUGUUCUCUCUGCAAACCUUCAUGGAGGAGCUGUCGUGGCCAGUUAUCCUUAUGACAACAGCAAUGGAGGCAGUGAGCUGGUAAACGGAGCCAGCGUUAGCCCCGACGACGAUGUGUUCAUCCACCUCGCCAAGAUUUACUCCUACAAACACGCCUCCAUGCACCAAGGUGAACGCUGCCGUGACAGCAGACCCUUCCUGGAUGGCAUCACCAACGGAUACCAGUGGUACCCUCUGGAAGGUGGGAUGCAGGACUACAACUAUGUGUGGGCUCAGUGUUUGGAGCUCACUCUGGAGGUUUCCUGCUGCAAGUAUCCUCCAGUCAAAGAACUGCCUGCUCUGUGGACGGACAACAGGGAAGCUCUGCUGGCCUUCAUCCAGCAGGUCCACCUGGGGGUCAAAGGUCGUGUCUUUGAUAGCUCUGGAGUACCAGUUCACAACGCAGUGGUAGAGGUCAGAGGUCGCAACAAUAUGUGUCCAUUUAGAACCAACCAACAUGGGGAAUACUACAGACUGCUGCUGCCUGGAAACUACAGUUUCACGGUGACAUACCCUGGUCAUGAGGUUUUGACAGAGACACUUACAGUUCCGUACGGUCCCGACUACUACUCCGCCCUGAAACACGACUUCCAGUUACGACAACUCGCCAUGACGACUGGCCGCACCCUACCUACGAGUCCCAGCCCUACCUGUAACUACACUCGAAUUGUUGAGGCAGGUGGGGACGUCAACAGACUCGCAUGGACGGAGCUCACAGCGGGGCUCGGUCUGGUGAUGGUCCUCCGAUCUCUGAGUGACUGAACCAGACUGCUGAAGCUGAAGGUGGGGUCAACUCAGAAGGAUGUCGGCAGAAUGUCGCAGGUGUGAUUCCAGCAACAUUAAACCCUCAACCUUAAGAAAAACUUCAAAACUCGAGAGGUUUCUACAGAGAUGUUUGAAUCAUGGAGAAUGGAUUGUGCUAAUUGCCAAAAAAAUGUUGAAAAUUUGAGGCACCAGAAAGUGACCUGUGAAGUUUAACCUGCUUUAGCCUUGAAGACAGACUGAAGAGUAAUGAACCACAAUGGCAGACGGGACACGUGAGGGACUAUUAGGACCUGGUGUGUGAUGUUCACUUGAUCUAAUCAGCAAAUAAUCUACAGGUUAAAACCACUGAAUGAAGUGCCCUCAGACAGAAGCCUUAAACAUUUAGUUUACAAACCAAAGUCUUAACUCCUCCCCCUCUUCCUGAUGUAUAUGUAAAACAGGCUGUUAGAAGACAUUACACAUACAUAACUAGACAGCUGGGUUUUUUAUUUUGUGCCACAACAUUAUAUAGAUUUAGUCAUUUAAUUCAUUAAAACAUUUCAAUUUUUUUUAUUUUCUGAACUGAACAUACUUUUCAUACCUACUGGUGUUUAUUAAAGUCCAGUGUCUAAAAUGUAGGAAGACCUAAUUGCAGAGAUGGAAUCAAAAAAGCAUAAUUAUGUUUUCAGGGGUGUGUUUUUGUUUCCUUAGAAUAAGCCAUUUACAUCUACACAGGGAGUGGAGUCUGUCAUAUGUCGUCGUUCUCACGUUGACAUAUUUCUACAGUAGCCCAGAGUGGACAAGCUACUGAAAACCAAUUUUUGUGAAUUGUGACAGUUACCAUAUGGAAGGGUGAGGAAAGGGUUUUUCAGGCAGUGGCAGUUCACAAACUCACCACUAGAUAUCAUUAAAUCAAACUACAUUUUACAUUAACUUUCUUUAUUUGUUAUUUUUAACAAGUUGUUUAAUCUAAAGUUUAAGGAGGUAAUCCUUCAGUAAAAGGGAGAUAAUUUUGUGGGUUUUUUUUUUUGUUUUUUGUUUUUUAUGUAAGGAUAAACCUGCUCAGAUCCACUAGUGUUAAUACUAUGUCUGUUGAAACUGAUUUCUGUUUUAUGAUUGACUACUAUGCUAUUCCUAACAUUUCAGUGGUUAAUCGUUUUCAAAUCUAAGAGGUUCCUCAGCUUCAUUCUUUCCUAUUAUCUAAAUUUCAGUUCAGGUCUUUACACUGAUUUACCUGGAACCACAGGGAUAAGCCUCAGUUAUUAGCAAAUUCUCCUUAUUUUUCCUCUUGCUGUCGUGGUCAGAGUAUUAAAGCCAGUGCUUUCCCAUGUGACCAUUGCAGUGUGUUGUCAGCAGGUUGUAGCAGCCUCUCCAGUCUAAUGACAGACUGCCUGGGGACAUGUAAAUGCAUUUAUCUUUUUCCUAACCGGGUGUUAAACAUUUGUAGAUCAUUCUCCAGAGGCCAGGAUUCUAAAUUCAGAGGUAGAUGGAGGAUGCCUCUUACCUUGUCUUCUCCAUUCUGUAAACCAUCGGCACUGUUGAGAUACUUUGUUAUUGUCUAUUGGUGUAUUUUCAUGAAAGAUCAUUGGUGAACAUCUAUAAAUCUUAAUAUUUCCUUAAGCGGAGGCAAGACUCUGCUGAUGUUGAACUAUAGAGACUGUUUGAAACCAGUAUAAAUUGUAAGGCAAUGCACACAACAACAAGAACAAGCAUGUUUUAUAUCAAGAUUUAAAGAUACAAAGACUCCACCCUCUGCAGCGUUCCCAAGAGAGGAGGAAGAGGUGUCACUGCCUGAGGAUUGUUGAAGAUGUUCUUGCAUGUGAAGGACUGUGUGAAGCAAUACUGUCUUAUUUUAUAUGUGAGCAGGAGCACCUUAGAGUUAACACUUGAAGGGAUAGAAUAGUAUUGACCAGGACUUAAGAGUUGAGUCUGGAAGUUUAUGUGACCUUACCAAGAGGAUUAAUGCCAUACAUACUCACCCAUGUGUUCAUGGGUUCAUCCUCUGUUUAUUUCAUGAAUGUAGUUGUUGAACACCCACUUAUUUCAGGAUACAUUAGGACAGUGGUUCUCAGCCUACAGGAUUCAUGAUAAAUAAAUUCCAAAAUAUUAUUUUUCUGUUUUUUAUCUAAGUAGUCUUAUUAAUUGUGCUGGGUGCUAUAGUUACACACAGCGGGUGAAAGUAAUUAAAUUUUCAUACAUGAAGGAGGUUGAAUGAAUGCAAGCAAAAGCCACAGCAUAAUGUAAAAAGUGAACUCUGUCUUGUUUCUGUUAUUUAUUAAGUAUGCAGAACACAGCACAUAUUAUAAACAUUAAAAAAAAAAAAAAAAAAAAAAAAACACCACCGUAACUUUAAAGUAUUACUUAAUUUGCAGAAUAAGACUUUUAUUGUGAAAUAAAAUUCUAAGGUACAAUUACAGAUUUGCAGAAUGGAUCAAACUGGCCCUUUUCAACUACAGUAUGAGAGAUAACUCCAUGUUCAUACAUCAGUACAAACUUAUUCUGAACUUGUUGCACACAUAACAAAGUACUGUAUUUCUGGUUUUGUGAUAUACGCACAAGCCCCUGGAAACUAUCAACACAGCAAAACAAAAACUGGAUUAGUAGUACAGUAGGUUGGGAACCACUGUUAGAGAGACUAAAUGAAAAACCAGGAGCACCUGAUGACCACAGAACAAACUUAUGACCUCAAUAUGUGAGGUGAGACAGCUGAUGCUGCAACUCCUACAUUAUCUGUAAACAGUGUGUAUUUAUAUGCAGUAUAAACAUUGACGUGUAUCGGGUUCAGAGCAGCUCCAAUAGCAAAAUAACAGGUGUGAGCCUUAUUUUAACAAAGGUCAGAGGUCAGUGAACGUCCUCUGCAGCUCAGGACACAAACUCUGAGGCCUUUUGCAGAUUAAUCAGAAAAGUUGUUUUUUUUUUUCUGCUAAAUGUCAUAUUUUUCUACAGACUUUUGUACUGUUAAAUGUUAAAUGUUGGUUGUGUGCCAUGUGGUCAUGUCACGUUCUCAUGUGACUGCAGCUUCUUUAUGCAUUGUCACACCUUAUAAUAGUUUGUGCAUUUCUUCAGUGUCAUGUUUCAUGACUGUGUACAUGAGCCUCAGUGGAUCCAUUUACUGAAUGACACUUUGGAUUUGACCUUAAAUAAACCAUCAGUGCUCAUGAA